CUUUUUUCUCCGCUGAACAUACCCGGAAGUUCCUCGUCGAGUGUUUCCUCGGCAAAUUGUAAGUCAGGGAAUAGUUAUAGGAGCACAGUGUAAUCGGUCUGGGGCUUUAAGAUUCGCCCCACAGGUCAUCGCUUCCCCAGCUUUGAGUGUCGACUGCAUCAGAAGCCCAGGCCAGCGUACAUGUGUGCAUCUGAGUGUCCGGCGGGUCCCUUGUGGUGAUGUUUUCCAGCUAUCAGGAACGGAAGGAGCUGGAGGAUGAUCUCUACCAGGGAGAUGGUGAGGAAUCAGAGGGAUCCGAGGCCACCAGCGAGUUGGAGUUCCGUCUCUACAGUCAGCUCCACUACUCUUCCAAUGUGAGUGAGUUGAAGGAGCAAGAUGGAGAGCAACAGCCUAGCCAGGAGCCGCUUGUGCCUGAAGAGAUCUCAGACUCUGCACCAUCAUCUGAAGCGGUUAAACAACGAAGAAAAAACAAGACUAAGACAGGUGUCAAACAGAAGAAGGGAAAACUAGUACCUCAAAGUCCAAGCCCGCUGUCACCAUUUGAAGAGGUCAUCGUCAUCGACUCCAACCCCGAAGUUAUAACCAUCUCUGAUGAUGACACCUCGAGUGAUAACAAAGGGGUUUGUGCCUUAAAGGGUAGCAGUAAACCACGAGUGCAGACAUCCACGCCAGUCCAGCAGGCAUCCCAUAAAAAGGUGACUCGGAGUAUCCCGGUGACUGUUGACUCCGAUUCAUCCCAUUCAUCCGACUCCUCGGACUCUCUGGAAAACUGGAUGAUCCUCGGUGGAGAUAAGGAGGACGGAGAUAAUUUCAUUUCACUCAACUUGAGAGGCCUUUAUGACAUCAGUUCAGACACUGAAGUCGAUCACAAUGGCAGCUGGCUGGUUACGGACAAGGACAGGGAGGCUCAAAUCUGCAACAAAGAUAGAGUGAGGAGAGCCGCACCGCGUUUUACAAACCGAUACUACACAGAGAAGAACGUCCUUUGUCGAAACUGCAAAAAAGUGGGCCAUCUUUCCAAAAAUUGCUCACAUUCCAAAGAGACACCUUGCUACCUUUGUGCCGAUUCGAGCCACCUAGCCAAUAAUUGUCCCAAUAAGCACUGCAACAACUGCGGCCUUCCUGGUCAUCUUCACAAGUCCUGCAAUGAGAGACAUUUCUAUUACAUGCAGUGCCAUCGCUGCAACAUGUGGGGACACUCAUUUGAUGCCUGUCCUGAGAUCUGGAGACAGUACCACAUCACGACCAAACAGGGUCCACCUGUAAAGAAGAAAGGGAAGGACCAUGAUCAAAGACCCGCCUACUGCUACAACUGCUCUAGUAAAAAACACUUUGGCCACGACUGCACGCGGCAGAGGAUGUUCUAUGGAACAUUGGUCAACACGCAAUUAAUCAACCAUUACGACACCAAGAUGGACAUCAAACGCAGAGAGUCCAGACUCAAGUGGAAGGUCAAAGGACCGAAGAAAUGUAGCUUCAUCCAAAACAGUUCUCAGACAACGCUCACUCCUGGACCACCAAAGAAGAAACAAAAAAUCAGCCAUGAAAACAACAGCAAGGUUUUUAGCCGUCAAUUUGCCAACCACAAACCCAGCCCCGGUCAUGCUGGCAGUGACUUUAAAGCUGGAAGUAACUUGAACAAGCACAAACAGGAAAAUGUAAGCAAACAGUGGAAACCCAAGAGAGCCGUGCCCAAAAAACGGCCAGCUCCAUCGAUGUUCAUCGUGGAUGAAAGCGAGGAUUUACCCAGAGGGGGAGGUGAAGAGAAGGAGAAGAAGAAGAAGAAGAAGAAAAAGAAGAAGUUGAACCAAGUCCUGUCCAAUGGUAGUGUUUUUGGCACAGAGUCAAUAUGCGGAUCGAAAAAGAUCAGCUGUGGUGACUCCGUAAUCAAGAAAAAGUCGAAAGAAACAAACAAGACAUCGCCUGGGAAGUCUAAGAAAAAGAAAGAUGAAAAGAAGACCAAAAAAAAGCCGUCCCAUAAAAAGAUCUCUGCACAGAUGUAUCCUACUGAUGAGAAUCUGUUCAUCAUAAAGCAAAGGAAAAGGAAGCGAUAAUGGUGUGUGAGAGAGAGAGAGAGAGAGAGUGGGUCAGAGCUUUUCUUUUGCAUUGGCAGGUAUUCUGUUUUGGUUCAUUUUGACACAAACGCUAAUUAGAAAAAAAAAUUUGAUAUUUUACAGUUUUAGAAUAAUACAAUGAACAUUGCAUUUAAUUGGGACCUAUUUGAAAUGAGUGGAACAAAAAAGAAGUGUUUUUUUUUAUGGAAACUGUUUUCUUUAGAAAGCAUUGAAUUCAUUUAUGUUGCACACACAUACACGAUCCGCAGCUUUAAGUUACGUUUUAGCGGUUGUAACAUAGCCUAGCCUUAAUAACGCAACAUGGGGUGGUUUGUGAUGUCAGUUUGACACACUAACCAUAAAUAAAACUUGAAUCCGUUUGACUUGUUUGGGCUUGUGCCAUUCAGGACAAGAAAUGCAUUUGAAGCGCAAUUUGUGCACUUUAGCUUCCAUACAGUAGAACUGAUAUUUACCUGGAAAAAAAUCACAUUGUACACUAGUGUUUAUGGUGUAUUUGGCAAAAUAAAAUAUUGUGACAAUUUAUCACCAUGAUGCUG